UUAGACCUAACUUUUAUUUGUAAAAGUGUUAAUAAAAUUAAUUAUAAAAAAUGUUAUAUUAUAGAAAAACAUUAAAGGCUAAAUGUAGAAUCAUUUCUUUCUUACAUAGAUCCUGUGCAUUUAGAGAUACAAAAACGACCAGAAAUUUCCACUUCAGAAACAGACAGGUUUUAAAAUUGGGAUCAUAUUACUUCUUAAAGAUUUGACUAUCAUUUAACAUAAUCAUGUGCAAUCUAGAUUUUUAAAAAUAUUCUUGUAAAGUGAGUUAAUGGAUGUACAGGGUUUACUUUUAAGUACUCAAAGAAGUUUAAUCUUUUUGUGUUAGUACAUAAGUUUUAUUCAGAUCUCUAUAUUAUUUUGUGUGUGCCUGUGUGUUCAUGCCACAGGACAUGUGAUGGCCAGAGGCGAGCUUUCCAGAGUCAGUUUAUUCUACAAAGGGUUCCGGGGAUGACAUGGACCUCAGGUCAUCAGGUUUGUUUGACAGGAGCUUUUACCUGAUGAGUGCUAACCUCUAAUGUGAUAAACUACCAAAGUGGCAAAAGAAAUAAAAGACACAAACAAAAACUGGCUGUAAAAUACAAAGUAGCUUUUAAAAAAAGUCACAAGACAUGCUUUAAAGUAAAAUAUCUGCAAGAAUAUACACCCAAAAUUAAUUCACAAAAAUGUCUUGUUUUACUUUGAAACAAUUUGCAGACCUCAUCUGUUUUCUCCAAGGAAUCCUAAAGUUGCACUUACUGGGUUUUCAGAGCCUAAGAAAAAAUUAUAACUUGGCAAAGGCCAAAACACUUAAGACUAAAAACGUAAUACCUCAGGGCUGGAGAGGUGGUUCAGCAAUUAGAAGCUCUCUCUGCUCUUGCAGAGGACCCCCAGUUUAGAGCUCAGCACCCGCAGCCCACAGUUCCCAACUGCCUGUAAGUCCAGUUCCACGGGAUCUGACGCCCUCUUCUGGCUUCUGCGGGCACUGCAUGCACAUACGCUGUCAAAACGCUCAAACAUAAAAAUUUCCUCCCAAACCUAAUAUCCGUCAUAAAACAAAACCCUUUACCUCAAAAAUAUGUUUUUAUGAGGAAUGUGGCACACUCUGUCUGUUAUUAGGUGCAGAGUGGAAAUGUAGCUCCGAGUGCUUGCCUAGCCUACACGAAGCCCCGGGUUCCAUCCUCAGGCAGGUAUAAACCCAGACAUUCGGGAGCGGGAGGCAGAUUACGAAGUAGAAGGUCACUCUUCGCCACACAGCGAGUUCGAGGCCAGCUAGGGCUGCAUAGGGCGCUGCCUAGAAAGUUAUUAAAUAGACUGAUGAAUUUUCUCUCCUUGCUGUUCAGAGCACUGGAGCGGCUUCAGGGAGAAACGCCAGCUCUUGGCCCUCCAGACCCAUGGAUCUGAAGGUGCUAAGACCCACAGAGGGUCCCCACGCGUGUGGAACUCGGAGAAGCCCCGAGAGCGACCGCCUGUGAGAGCCUUGACGCCACUGGCUUUGAUUACGCGACUACGUGAGACCGCACCUCCCCACCGCAACCACCCCGACUUUGACUCAAGUCCUAAUAACUGUUUGCCAACAAAGACCGGCCACGAGCGAGAGGGAGGAGCCCGGGAGUCGUGUAUCGCGAGAAGUGGCUGCCCCAUUGGUGUGACAGGCGCCGGCGUGCGGCAGCUCCAGCCCCGACCGCGAAGGAGGAGCUACAGCCGGAGGACGGGCUGGACCUUUGGGUAAAUCUCGCGAGAUUUGAUCGCGUUACCUAGAUCCCUUCCCGUCAGCCGCCGGAAGUGCGAGGCGCAGAGCGUCCGAGUCUCUCGCUCUGAGGUUCUCCUGCGGCUCUGGGCCCGCGUUCCUGUCGCCGACUCCAGGUCUCGCGCGUCUGGUCUCCUCCCCAGGGUCGGAAAUGAUGGGGGACCCCAAGGAAGCAGGAGCCGAGGCUUCUCCAUCAGGGGCGGCCGCCCGAGGAGGGCUCAGCCUCCUAUCCCAGACGGAAUCCGAGGAGCCUUCUGCACAGGGGUCAGCCUUAUUUCUUGGAGGCAAUGAAGUGAAAAGCCGAGCUGUGGUGAAAUACUCUUCUGCCCCUCCUCGAACAGCAUUUGCACGUCUCGAAGAAAAAACAGACUUGAAACUCCCACCUGCCAACUGGUUACGAGAGAGUGCCAAACUAGGGCCGGCAGGAACUACCAUUCUUGGCAAUAGUAAGAAAAGCAAGCCGUUUUCGAGUUUCGGCAUGGCAUAUGACUUCAUUGACUCGGUGGGAAAUGAUGUGGAUGUUGUCUCUGACUCGGAAAACAUAAAAAAGCUCCUGAAGAUUCCCUACAGCAAGUCUCAUGUAAGCAUGGCUGUCCACCGCAUAGGAAGGACCCUCUUAUUAGAUGAACUGGAUAUUCAAGAACUCUUUAUGAGGUCAUCUCAGACUGGUGAUUGGACAUGGUUGAAAGAGUUCUAUCAAAGACUGAUUGAUCAGAAGUGGCAGAGGAAAAAGAAAAGCAAGGAGCACUGGUAUCAGAAGGCUAUUCUUUCCAAGUUCUUGUACUACAGCAUCAACGGUGAUGGAGCUGCUCAGCCUGUUCCAUCUCCUGCAGAACAACAAGAGUCAGCUAGUUCUGAUCAGACACAUGAGUCUGAAGGGGCUUCCUGGCCUGCUCCCUUUGAAAUGCCGUCGUCAGUUUCUGAAGAUCCCAGUGCUUCCAGUCAGGGCAGAGAGCCUCUUGAGCCCUCAUGCAUAGUGGGGCAUGUGGCCUCAGCACCCAAAGAGCAAAACCUUACUACUUUGUUCAAUGACGGGGAGAACAGUCAGGGUCUUAAAAAUGAUUUUGUCCGGAAUAUUCUGUGGACUUUUGAAGAUAUCCAUAUGCUAGUUGGUUCUAACAUGCCUAUAUUUGGUGGAGGCAGAUAUCCAGCAGUUAGCCUACGUCUCAGGGAUAACAACAAACCAAUUAAUGUGUUGACUGGAAUUGACUAUUGGUUGGACAACUUGAUAUGCAAUGUACCAGAACUUGUGAUGUGCUUCCAUGUAAAUGGGAUUGUACAGAAAUAUGAGAUGAUAAAGACAGAAGAAAUCCCCAAUUUGGAAAACUCUAAUUUUUCUACUAAAGUUAUAAAAGACAUUGCACAGAAUAUUUUAUCGUUUCUUAAAUCUAAUUGUACCAAAGAAGGGCAUACCUACUGGCUCUUUAAAGCAAGCAGCAGUGAUAUUGUGAAGCUCUAUGACCUCACGACUCUGUGUGAAGAAACUGAAGACAAGUACCAGAAUCCAUUCACAAUGCCAGUGGCUAUCCUCUUAUACAAGGUGGCUUGUAACAUGAUGAUGAAGAAAAAUCAAAACAAGAAGCACUAUGGAACUAUUAGAACAUUACUUCUCAACUGUGUUAAGUUGUUGGACAAAAGCAGACAUCCUCAAAUUAUUGCUUCAGCCAACUACAUGCUUUCAGAGCUUUUCCAGUUGGAUGAGCCUAAAAAGGAAGAAAGUUCAGACUCCCCUUUAAAUGAGAAUUCAGAUGAAAGCUACAGUGAGGAGGAGGAGGAGGAGGAGAUGGCGGACAGUGAUGAGAAUGGCUCCUACGGUACCAGCUCUGACCCAGCAGACGAUAACAAGGCAGUGGCUAUAAUUAAAUCUGUUGGAGAACUGUCAGUACCAGAAAAAUACAAGUCAAUUCAUCAGAUCAGACCCAGUUGUGCAUUUCCCGUUUGCCAUGACACGGAAGAGCGCUGUCGACUCGUACUAAGCUAUGUGUUGGAGGGUUUAAAAUCUGUAGAUAGUAGCAUCAAAAAAGAAAGUGACCUCCCAGCAGCUGACCCCAGCACUCCUAUCCCCUUAAAAUAUGAAGAUGAAUCCACAAGGGGUGGUCCUGAGGGGCUGGAGAAGCAGAUGGCCUUGUUCCUGGACAAAAUGGGCUCCCUUCAGAAGGGCAAUUGUUCUGGGCAGUCUGGAAUGACCCCUGGUUCUUGGCAACAUAAAAUGAAACUUCAGCUAAUUCUCAAGUCAUCAAAAGCCUACUACAUUUUGUCAGAUGCUGCCAUGAGUCUUCAGAAGUAUGGAAGAGCGUUGAGAUACAUUAAGCUAGCUCUGCAGAGCCAUGAUACUUACUGCUGCCUCUGCACCAACAUGCUCUCUGAAGUGCUGCUGUUUCUCUCUCAAUACCUGACCCUCUGUGGUGACAUCCAGCUCAUGCUGGCCCAGAACGCAAACAACAGAGCAGCACACCUUGAGGAAUUUAAUUACCAAACAAAAGAAGACCAGGAGAUCCUCCACAGUCUCCACAGAGAGUCCAGCUGCCAGGGAUUUGCAUGGGCAACAGAUCUAUCUACAGACUUAGAAAGUCAACUUUCAGUUAGUUGUAAAUGUUAUGAGGCUGCUAAUGAAAUCUUGCAAUUUAGUGACUUAAAAAGUCAGAAUCCAGAGCACUACGUACAAGUGUUGAAGAGAAUGGGAAACAUUAGAAAUGAAAUCGGUGUAUUCUACAUGAAUCAGGCUGCUGCGCUGCAGGGUGAGCGAGUAGUGAGCAAAUCUGUGUCUGCUGCAGAGCAACAAUUGUGGAAAAAAAGCUUUUCUUGUUUUGAAAAGGGGAUUCACAACUUUGAGUCGAUUGAUGAUGCUACAAAUGCUGCCCUCCUGCUGUGCAACACAGGAAGACUCAUGCGGGUCUGUGCACAGGCGCACUGUGGUGCAGAGGAUGAGUUCAAACGGGAGUUCUCCCCAGAAGAGGGCUUGUAUUACAGCAAGGCCGUUGAUUACUAUUUGAAGGCUCUGAGGUCGCUGGGAACGAGAGACAUGCACCCAGUUGUUUGGGAUUCUGUGAACUGGGAAUUGUCGACUACAUACUUCACCAUGGCGACUCUACAGCAAGAUUAUGCUCCAUUAUCCAGAAAAGCUCAGGAGCAGAUUGAGAAAGAAGUCAGUGAGGCUAUGAUGAAGUCCCUGAAGCACUGCGAUGUUGACUCAGCAACUGCUCGGCAGCCCCUCUGUCAGUACCGCGCUGCAACCAUCCAUCACAGGCUGGCUUCCAUGUACCACAGCUGUCUGAGGAACCAGGUUGGUGAUGAGCAUCUUAGGAAGCAGCACCGAGUGCUGGCAGAUCUCCACUACAGCAAAGCUGCAAAGCUCUUUCAACUUCUCAAAGAUGCUCCUUGUGAACUGCUUAGAGUGCAGUUAGAAAGGGUGGCAUUUGCAGAAUUUCAGAUGAGCAGUCAGAAUAGCAAUGUUGGAAAGUUAAAAACAUUAUCUGGGGCACUUGAUAUCAUGGUGAGAACUGAGCAUGCUUUCCAGCUCAUUCGGAAGGAGCUUGUAGAGGAAUGUGACCAGCCUAAGAAUGAUGAAGCUACACCGGCUGCUGAUUCUUCACCUAAUCUUAAUCGAGAAGAAGUGAUCAAACUCCUUAGUAUAUUUGAAUCUCGCCUGUCAUUCCUUCUCCUUCAAUCCAUCAAACUGAUGUCAUCAUCUAAAAGGAAAAUGAGCAGUAACACGGAAGAUGAUGCAGCCCUCCAGACCAACAAGCAGAUUUACUCCCAGCUUUUGAGAGCAACUGCCAACAGAAACUCCACUCUGUUGGAGAGAAUUGAAGUUGUCAUCUGUCUGCUGGAGCAGCUUGCAUCUGGUAGCAGUGGAUCGAGUGGCAGUGCUGUCCCCUGACCUGAAGUUGUCUCGGAGGACUGUCUUGUCAGUGCCUUCCCAUCCUGGAGCUGUUCUGUCCACUCGGUGCUGAGACUUAUUAAAUAUAAGGAGAUGCCAUUUAAUCAGGUCCACAGUGGGUACUCGCUUCCCGUGGCAGGCAGAGGAUGUGGGGUGGUUUGGUUUCUUCCUGUAAAGGUGAGAAACCAUAAUGGAAUCAAAAGCUUUCUGAAUGUAUUUCCUCGAGAAGUACUUGGUUCCUUAGUGAUAACAGACCUCCUGUGAUGUGCUUAGACUUGGAGAUAUUCUUGAAGGAUAUUAAAACACUUGGACAUAAGAUGAGAUUAUUUUAGAUAAAAUGUUACUCUGGCCAAGAGAACUCUUAUUCAAGUGAUUUCACGUUCAAAUGGCGUGUAGAAACAGUACACAUCUGUGUUUCCUUGUGAGUGACAGAAGUGUACCCUUUCCAAACUGUUGCACAGGAGGUUUCGAAGACUGAAAGUUGUGCAGGUCUCCUUUCAGUGCAUGUUCUGAAAGGCCUCACUUUUCUUUGACUGUAUGUGACAUUGAUAAAGACUAGGUACUAUCACUUUCUCAUUUUAAACUUGAAACUGUGAAUAAGGUAAGAGAACUAUUUUGAAUAAAUAAGCUAUUUAUUUAAAAUA